AUCUAUUUUCAACAGCCCUCAACUUUGCAAUCGCCAUUAAAGCAGACGAUAAAUCCGUGCAAGUCGUGCUUUGGAUCACUGGCCCGAGGUGGAUUAGUGGGUUUCUGUAUCGGGCAGGUGCACGGCCGGGGCUCCAACGGGGAUCAGACGUGAUAAGAUCCAUGACCCUGGGUCCUGAGCCGAGCCCAGCGUCUGCUUCACUCACACAUCAUGGAGGCCGGCAGCUCAUCGUGCAGCGCCCCCCCUCCUCCACCCGCCCACAGCGCGCUGCUGCUGGCGGCCGGUCCCACCGUCCUCCCGCGGCUCGGCUACGACGUCCUCUUUUGCCUCAUGCUGAUCGUCACAGUGCUGUCGGUCUUCAACAACUGCCUCGUCAUCGGCGUGAUCCUGAGGAACCCGUCCCUCCUCCGGCCCAUGAACGCCCUCGUCCUCAGCCUUGCUGUGUCUGACCUCAUGGUCGGCCUGUGCGGCUCGCUGGUCGUCACCGUCACCAACUCCCGCGGCUCCUUCUUCAUCGGCCACGCGGCCUGCGUGCUGCAAGGCUUUGCAGUGAAUUACUUUGGCCUGGUGUCUCUCUGGACCCUGACCCUGCUCGCCUACGAGCGCUACAGCGUCGCGUGUAAAGGGGCGGCUUCGAGGCCGACCGUGCGCAGAUGCAGCCUGGGCCUCCUGUUUGUGUGGGUCUUCUGCUUGUUCUGGGCGAUGGCGCCUUUGUUCGGCUGGAGCUCGUACGGACCGGAGGGGGUUCAGACCUCCUGCGCGUUGGCCUGGGAGGAGCGAUCGUGGAGCAACUACAGCUACCUGCUCCUCUACACGCUGCUGUGCUUCCUCCUCCCCAUCACGGGCAUCGUCUUCUGCUACUCCAAGGUCCUGGCAUCCAUGAAUAAGCUGAACAGGAGCGUGGAGCUCCAGGGCGGCGGCUGCAGCCAGAAGGAGAACGUUCACGCCGCCCGCAUGGUCGGGGCCAUGAUCACAGCCUUCUUGGUUUGCUGGCUGCCGUACGCUGCGCUGUCGCUGGUGGUGGUCGUGGACCCGGAGCUCCACAUCUCCCCGCUGGUCGCCACCAUCCCCAUGUACUUUGCCAAGACAAGCCCUGUUUACAACCCCAUCAUUUACUUCUUCUCCAACAAGCAGUUCCGUGAGGCCGCGCUGGAGGUGCUGUCAUGCGGCCGUCAUGUUCCCCACGGGCACAGAGUCGGCAUCCACGCCUCCUCCUUAAGCAGGGAAACCAACGCGCACAGCAGGGUGUCGCCUGUGUGACGUCCUCCAGCAGCACAACAAGCUGCCGUAUGUUUAUUGGCGACUCAUCAAGGACACGAACCAGCGCAGGUUUGUGUCUCAGGCUUCACUUCAGCCGCGUGGGAACGAGAGCGGGUCACAGGGUGUUUUUUUUCUAAAAAUUCAUCAUUCAUUUUGAGGUUUCCAGGUGUGUGUGUGUGUGUGUGUGUGUGUGUGUGUGUGUGUAUAGAGAAUAUUGACUUCAAUUAAUGUUUUGUGAGAAAUCGCUUUUCAACACACGACUUUUAGUUUGUAAAUUAAACAACCAUGUGGUGUGAAAAGUCGUCUGUUCUGUUUGUGUCCUCUUGGUUAAUGAAAUAUUGAUUUUUCUACAAUAAUUUACAUAAUGUUACGAGGUGUAUAUUUUAGAGACACACAUUUACGAUUUCGGGAAACAAAUGCUCUGAUUUUCUCUAAGACGUUCUCCUCUGCCCCUCACCUGCGUAACAUUAUGUCAAUAAAUGCAAUUAGUGUCCAGAGCACAGAGCUCCAUCAUCCAAUCAACACAGGCCGCUUGGCCAGAUCAGUUGGUUUAUUGUGGAUUAUUCCAUAAAACCUGCCUUCUGUAAAAAAAAUGACACAUAGGAACACCAGGUUAGAUUUCUGUUGUACGUGGAAGUGUGAUUUCUAGUUUAUAGCUGCAAAGCAAUAAAAUAUGUUCACGUUAGCGCAGGUCACCACGCUCACUGCACAGCAGUUAUGUAGAAGAACAGUACUUGUGUUAUCAUUAUUAUUAUUAUUAUUAUUAGUCUCUGGGGUGUGAUUCAACCUAUCACGUGGUUCCUCUCACAGCUCAUGUCUGAGCUCAUCCUGAGUCACCAAACAUAAAAAAUGCAUCAGGGUAAAAUUAGACUAAACGAUUCUAUUCGAGUUAUUUUAGUCUUCAGUUAUAGAAAUUAGAGCUGAGCCUUUCGAAAAAUGUUUAUUCUAAGUGAUGUAUUUAUGUAUUUAAUGGUUAAGUUUGUGUGUGGUGUUUUUAUUUGCAGUCAACAGACACAUAAUUAUCACCGUAUUUCUGCGCGGCUCUGCUUCCUCUGGUGUCUUUCUGUGGGUUUGGUCUUUCAUCUCGCAUCUCGUUAUCAGCCGGUCCUUCCCAUCUGUGAGCGGCGCUGGUCAGGCUGAAAUCCAGUCGCUCGCUGGAGGGUUUGUCUCACAUGCACGGCUCAGCGUUGUCUGAUAGAUCUGAUCUCUGCGUUUUGACGUAAGACAGUUUGUAUCUGUUGAUAAAAGCCUGGCAGAAUUUGUGUUUUGUUUCUUAUUUCGCUUCCUCCCACACGUUUGGCUCACUAGACUAGAAAAACUGCAAACAAGGACCUAAUUUUAAAUUGUUGUGCAUCUACACCUUGGUCUCGUAAUUUCUAUUUCAGUGAGUCAACAUGUCUCCGUUAUUUACAGCUAUGUGUAAGCACUGGGGUGUUUGAUGAACGCUUUUGUGCUUCACUGUCUCUCCCUCAACUUACAGUCUUUAUCUGCACGAUUGUGAGGCUGCUGCGGAGCAGAAAGCAUUGUGUUGAUCUAAUCCCAGAUUUGGCGUUUUCCAUAAGCUCGCACAUUAAAAGCAAAGAGCAUUUCACACUUUACCUCCAAACAGGAUUACAUAAUGUCAUGCUAUAAUCCAGCAGCACGGGUCCCUUUAUUUGCUGAGCCAGUUCAAGACUUCCAUCUGGUAAAGCAAAGUCCU